GUGGACACAUCCAAUAUGACGGACACGAUGACGUAUGGCAGCAACGAGCCAACCCGCUUAAUGGUAUCUAGCUGAGCGCCAAAAAAAACCAGGAAGUGCUAGUUCUCAACAGAUUUGGGGAGGUUUAGGUCACCAUUGUGCUGGCUUUUUCCACAGUUCUUCACAUUUCGGCUACAGUCCGGUUUACAAAAUGGAGUCACAGUCGUAUCUUCCCGUAGAACCCGGUGUCGGCAUGGAAGAACAUUUCUUUUCCUUGGACGAUAUUUUGCUUUCACAUGAGCGACUUCCUAUCCGCACAGAAGUGACUUUUCCUCGACUCGGAUUCCUGGAGAAGUCGAGCGACUCGCCGGAUAUUCCGAUGGGGACAAAAAUGGAGUUUCCUUUGUGGCUAUCCAAGGGUUUGUAUGAGCAGAACAAAAGGAUGCUGUCAGUCGAGCUACCCAAGGUUUACAGAGAAGGCUGGAGAACUGUGUUCAAUGCAGACCCCAAUGUGGUGGAUCUACAUAAAUUGGGCCCCUACUACUAUGGCCUCGGAUCACAGAUUCUGCGCUUUGACAGUCCAGAGAACCCAGAAAUAGCACAGACUUUGCUGCAGACAUUCAUUGGGCGUUUCAGACGGACCAUGGACUCUUCCCAGAAUGCCUACAACGAGGACACCUCAGCGUUGGUGGAGCGUCUGGACUCUCUUGAGAAGGCGCUAUUCAUGUCAGGGCAAUUUGGCCUCAACAGCUUCCAGGGCUGGGAGAAAGGACAGGCCUCCCAGCUCUCUGCCUCGAGCCUGGUGCUCAACUACCGCAAGAGGAAGAUAACAGACGUGCAGUCGUGACCUAGCCUGCCAGCUGGAGGAAACUACUGGUGUAAACGUCAGCGAUAGACUCUUCACAGUGUCUUCUUGUCCUACAGAGACUAUGCUUUGCUGAUUUUUCUAUGAAACGUUCCUGUAAUGGGUGGCCUUCCUGUCUGGAGUUUGCCCGUUCUCCCCAUGCUUUUGAGGGUUUUUACCUUAAUUUAAUUGGUAACCUCGUAUACAAAUGUGACUGCAAAUAUGUAUUGUAUACUGUAUGUACUUAUCUUGUACAGCAAUCUUGUAUCUGCAUCUCCUUGGAAACAAUCAAUUUGUCAUUCCAUACAUCUGCCAUUUUUUUUCCCUUUGCUGACACUCCAUUAGCAAAAUGACCCACUAAGGUGCGUUGCUGUAUGUGUCAACAAAAAUGGCUUCGAGUGUGAACUUUUGUUUCCAAAUGAAUGUUGAUUAUAUUCUGUUCUGUGGGUGUUUUAAUGCACUCAUCACCCCCUUCUUUCUUUUUCUCUUUUUUUCUAAACCAAAUUAAUAAAUGUGUUACUAAUUUAAAAA